CAGUUUUUCUCCCGACUGUUUUAGGGCGGUUCCGCAAGCAGCAGCGACUCCUGCGAUUCAAGCACACUCCUCUCGAACGCGUAUGAAAAUUCCGCCUCGCUCAGAAACACAAUAAACUCAUCUCAAAUGAAUUAAAUCAAGCCAAGCCGACCAUCAACAAAACACAGAUCCUUUGCCGAACAACUAAAGAACUUAAAAACAGUGUGGAAUAUGAAAGUCAAAACUUGCUGGAUAAUAUGAAAAUAUUAUGACAAAAAGUGUUGUUAUUGUUCGAGUGUGUGGCCUGCUUCCAUCCGUGUGCGUAUGUGUGUGUGAGUUUGGCUCCUUUGUGUGCCAGUGUGGUUGUAAAAUUCAAUAAAAUGCGAAGGAUUGCAAUUGCCAAAAUGGCAAAUUACAACAAAAUGCGCACAUACACAUGGAAAUUUGUCAGAAAUUUCGUCUGUGUGUGUGCGUAGUUUUGAUUUUCUCUGCGGGCUCUGUGGCUUACUCUCCUCUGUAUUGGUGUGUGUGUGGGCCUCUGUCUUUGUGUCUGUGUCUGUGUCUGUGUGUGGCUCUCCGAGUCCUGUGUGGCUGUGCGUCUGUGUGCGUCCGUUAGCGUAUCUGUGUGAAUGUCCUUCGCUGCUUACGUACGCAGACUGAGUGACUCGAUUGAGGCGGCUGCCUGAAUGGCUGGCAGGUCCUGUGCUCCUUUUUCCUUUGUGAAAUGAAUGCGUAUUCAAUGAGCAAUGAAAUCCGUGACACAUUCGCGCCUUCUCUCCGUCCGUCUGCCCUUCGUCCUUCGUCCUUCGUCCAUCCAUCCAUCUUGCCGUCUCUUUCGCCCUAGGACUCUCUGUGCAUUUUCCAUUUAAUUUAUUUUUUAUUACUCGACCCGCCUUUGUUCUUCGUCCGAUAUCCGUUUUAAAUAAAAGCGACAUUAACACCAUAACCUCUGACAUUUAUCUGUCUCUCGGUCUUAAAUGCUCACUCAGACAUGGCCGAAAUGCCAGAGAGAAACAGAAACUUGCCACAUGUGCGUCCUUUGUGCCCCGCUUUGCGUCCUUUGUGCUGCCUCGAACAUUCCUUCGGCCUAUUCGCCUGCGAAUUCCUGCAUACCCAUUGUGUUAAUUUCAGCUCGAAAGUUAACCCAUUAAUUGGCUGGCAAAGUGCUAAGAUUCCCCGGGCGUUCGCGUGAGUGAGCCGCAAUAAUAUCAAUAAAUUCCUUAACAAUAACUAUGCCACCAACUGCAGCACGGUGCCUCGUUCGCUCUAAACUAAACUAAACUAAACGAAACGAAACUAAUCCAAACUAAACCAAGCCAGAGACCAAACAAAAUAGAGAAAAACUUGUUGAAAUACUUGAUUGAUGUGUGUGCCCAAUUGGCUGCCGAAUUGAGCGAGCAAAAAACGAGAAGGAGUCUCCGCUGCCUGGCAAAAAGGCAUGCAUCGGGCUCUCCGGCCUCAGCUCAGCUGCUCAACUUGUCGACUUUCGGCCCAAACCGCUGACCAGGCCAGGACCAGAACCAGGAGCUCCCCGGAUCCCCGGAUCCAGGACGAAACAGAACAGAACGGGACACGGUCGGGCCAGUCCUCAGCCAUGGCUGCUGAAUAAUUAAUGCAGUUUCGCUCUUCGGUGCACGGCAAACGGCAAAACUAAUUUAUAGCAUUAAAAAUGCAUAUUUUCUAGCAGUGCGUCGCCGGUUUUUAUCAUUUGCCAGCAAAGGCGAAAGGCGAAAGGCAAAAGGCGCAUUCCACCAGCAGCUGUGCCAGAAAACGAGGAGAGGAAAGCGAGGCUAAGACGACACGUCGGUCGACAAUUGGACUUAACUGCGGAGGAUUUUGAGUCCGAGUCCGAAAGUUCUUUAGUCAUCAGCCGAAGGAGCGUAGGAUAAUUCACAUUUUUUCACGGCUCUGGCAACGAAAUGGCUUUUCUAUGUGCACCGCUGGCCAGAGUAAUGACAUGGCGACCAUUGGUGACAUAUCGAUGAUCUCACCGCCCACGUCUUCCAUCUCGAACGAUCAAGAUCCGUUUGGACAGCUGCCACCGCUACCACCGCCACUGCGUUCCACCCAAGUGCUCCAGCCGCUGAGCGUGUUUCCAGUGUCCAAUUUGAGCGAAGAUUCCUACGAUUAUGUUUUUGGUGGUCGACGUAAGACUCCGCCCACAACAACGUCAACACAACUCAAGCUGACCUCACCGCCUGUGCGCUUGCGACCCGAAGACGCCUAUCGUGGAGGUAACAUAAACAACGGAAGGUUCUAUCGCCACUCCUUCAGCUACGCCCCCAAGAGGCAACGUCACUCGAGUCGGGAUGAUCGAGACCGCGAGUCUAGGUUGAGAUGUCAUGGCGAGGACGAGGCCACACUGCGCCAAUUGCUGCUCGAUUUGCAAAAGCAAGUUAGCGUGAUGAGCAUGAAUCUGUCAGCGAAACUCGAUGAGCUGCAGCGCGGAGAUCGACACCUGGAGACGACGGUCGCCCUGUGCGAGAUCCGCACCCAGCUCCAGGAGCUGACCAAGUCCGUGGAGAGCUGCCAGAGCGAAGUGUCCGAGGUAAAGCGCGACAUGGUGGCGAUCAAACACGAACUGGACACCGUGCAGCAGGUGAAGGAGGAGAUCGAGGAGCUGCGCGAAUACGUCGAUCGACUGGAGGAGCACACGCACAGACGGAAGCUAAGACUUUUAGAACAAGGUCUCACCUUCUUCCUCACCUACUCGAUAUUCUCGGCGGUGCUGGGCAUGCUGCAGUUUGGCUACAACACCGGCGUGAUCAACGCGCCCGAGAAGAACAUCGAGAACUUCAUGAAGGACGUCUACAAGGACCGCUACGGCGAGGACAUCAGCGAGGAGUUCAUCCAGCAGCUCUACUCGGUGGCGGUAUCCAUAUUCGCCAUCGGCGGAAUGCUGGGCGGUUUCAGCGGCGGCUGGAUGGCCAACCGCUUUGGCAGAAAAGGCGGCCUACUGUUAAACAAUGUGCUCGGAAUUGCCGGCGCCUGUUUGAUGGGAUUUACCAAAGUUAGUCAUUCCUAUGAAAUGUUAUUCCUUGGCCGAUUUAUAAUUGGUGUUAAUUGCGGCCUCAACACGUCGCUGGUGCCCAUGUACAUCUCUGAGAUAGCGCCACUGAAUCUGCGCGGUGGCUUAGGUACUGUUAAUCAAUUGGCUGUGACUGUAGGUUUACUAUUAUCCCAAGUGCUGGGCAUCGAGCAGAUCCUGGGCACCAACGAGGGCUGGCCCAUCCUUCUGGGCCUGGCCAUUUGUCCGGCAAUCCUGCAACUCAUCCUGCUGCCCGUCUGCCCGGAAUCGCCCAGAUAUCUGCUCAUCACCAAGCAGUGGGAGGAGGAGGCGCGCAAGGCCCUGCGACGACUGCGAGCCUCUGGCUCCGUGGAGGAGGACAUCGAAGAGAUGCGGGCCGAGGAGCGGGCCCAGCAGUCCGAGAGCCACAUAUCGACCAUGGAGCUGAUAUGCUCGCCCACCCUGCGUCCUCCCCUAAUCAUCGGCAUUGUGAUGCAGCUGAGUCAGCAGUUCAGCGGCAUCAACGCCGUCUUCUACUACUCCACGUCGCUCUUCAUGAGCUCCGGAUUGACUGAGGAGAGCGCCAAGUUCGCCACGAUAGGCAUCGGUGCUAUAAUGGUUGUUAUGACCCUCGUGUCCAUUCCGCUGAUGGAUCGCACGGGUCGCCGGACCCUGCACCUCUACGGCCUGGGCGGAAUGUUCAUCUUCUCCAUCUUCAUCACCAUUUCGUUCCUGAUCAAGGAAAUGAUCGACUGGAUGUCCUACCUCUCGGUGGUGGCCACCCUCGGCUUCGUCGUCUUCUUUGCGGUGGGACCCGGCUCCAUUCCGUGGAUGAUCACCGCCGAGCUCUUCUCGCAGGGACCCCGGCCCAGUGCCAUGGCCAUCGCGGUGCUGGUCAACUGGAUGGCCAACUUUGUGGUCGGCAUCGGAUUCCCCAGCAUGAAGACUGCCCUGGAGAACUACACGUUCUUGCCGUUCAGCGUGUUCCUGGCCAUCUUCUGGAUAUUCACGUACAAGAAGGUGCCCGAGACGAAGAACAAGACCUUCGAGGAGAUCCUGGCCCUCUUCCGGCACAACAACGGCAGGAGUAUGCUAAACUGCACAAAUAGCUUGGAGCCACAAAGUAUGAAUUCUGGCAUCGAGCAUGCCGCCUUGAUGGUAUCUGAGGAGAAGACCCAACAUGACUCACCUGCAUCCGAGCGAUUUUUAGAAGGCGGCCGAAGUACACACCAGGGCCGGAGCGCUGCCUCUGCGCCCCAUCACCCUCGUCAGCCUCCACCUGUCUGCCCGAGCAGCGGGCCUUGACUGAGGAGCGCCUCGCCUCCUGACUCUGCCAGUGUUCGUUCCACGAGUCGCGCUGAGGAGCCGCACCACCAUCAGCAGCAGCAUCCGCAGCAGCAGCAGCAGCAGCAGGUGCACCACCAGAACCGCUAUCCCACACACGAAUACGUACACUGUAGCUAUGAGAAGGAAGUCGUUUGUGAUCAGGCCAAUCCCUCGCUCGCUGAACCACCAGUUGCACCACCAUCAUCGCAGCCAGCGGCCGUUCAGCAGCAGUCCACUUCGCACCACUGCCAGCAGCGCAAGCACAGCCACAGUCCGCACCACAGUCGCCACACAUCGCCGCAUCAGCAGCAGCAACCGCAGCACCACCAUCACUCGCACCACAGUCGCCACCACAGUAGGAGGAGGCGGCAGGGCAGCGGGAGUCUGCCGGGGGCCAACCAGGCCGCCUCCUUGCACUCGGCCAACCACUCGGUGGUGCGCUCCUCCAUCUGCACCAGUCGUCGCCACCGCUCCGUCACGGAUAUAUCCUCCACGAAUAUCUGCCACGAUCCCAGCUGCACCGAUAGGGAGGUGCAGGAGAUCCUGGUGCGGCGCACCUGCUGCAACAACACGGCCACCAACAGCUCCUCGCGCACCGAACUGGCCCAGUGCUUCGCCGAGGAGCUGUACGGCUCCUCCCGCCGGCCGAGCAGCUGCUGCACCAGCUCCGACUACUGCUACCAGACGGACUCCACCAGCUUGUACGGCUCCCGCUCCUCGCUGAGCCGCAACAACUCGAUCAAGUCCGCCUCCGCGCUGGUGAGGAAGCACCAUCGAAGCCAGAGGAGCCUGCUGCCCGAGCACCGCCAGCCCAGCUACACAUCCAUUUCGCUGAGGGGUCUCAACGCCAGUCGCCCCAACAGCCAGUUGGGUUCCCUCACAUCCAUUUUCGAUAGGGCCAAGAGCAUGAAUCCGGAGCAGGGAUCCACUCUGGAGCGGCAGAGCUCCAAGGGAGCGAUGAGCAGCACCGAGCUGCCGGAGUACGCCUGCUCCCCGUCUCCCAUUCGCUGGAGCUUCCUGGCCGACGGUCGGUCGCCCUCGGAAAUGGAGGGAGCCGUGGGCGGGGGAAAUCGGGAUGACGAGCGGGAGGAGGAGAAGCUGGAUGCCUGGCAGGUGAGCGAGCCGGAGCCGGAGAAGAAGCCCUGCAGGAAGAUCACCAGCAGCAGCGCCUCCGUCUACGACGAGGGACCCAGCACCUCGGCGGCGGCGGCCAGGAAGAGGCGUGGCAGCAGGGGGAGUCGGGGGAGCAAGGGCAGCGGGAGCUACCACUGCGAGUUCGAGGACGAGGCCACCACCACGGUGAUGUUCCACCAGGACGCCGGCGAGGCGUACAACAACUGCUGCAGCAACAACUACAACUACAUACAGUGCAACAGCUAUCUGGACCAGGACCUGCAGAUCACCAGCGAGGACAUCCAUCAGUAUCUGUCGAAGGGCGAUGCCACGGCCAGCGACAUCCUGAACAACUCCAAGAACUAUCCCUUCCAGCCGAGCAACGCCCUAGAGUUCCAGUACAAGAACAACUUCCAGCAGGGCCAGAAUGCGAGCAACAACAACAACACGAACACCACGAACACCGCUUCCAGCGAUGCCGCCGAGUGUUUCCAGAGCUACAGGGCCAACUCGAAGGAGACGAACCUCAACCAGAGCUCCACGGAGCAGCUCUCGCCCACGAACAUCAACCUGUCGACCAGUUCGAACAACAUAAACAUUGUGUUCAGCAGCAGUCUGGAGAGGAAUGCCAACGAGGUGAAGUUCAUCAACAACAGGAGUGGUGGUGGUGCCACCGGAGGCUCUGAGGUGGGUUGCGAGGGCCACCACACCGGCUACUUGCCGUACACCUACCCCAGCUACGAUUACACCAACAUGUCGGGCAACUCGCACUUCGACAAGCCACUCGGCAUAGACGAGCUGCCCAAGGAGUUCGCCGGCAUGGGAGGAUUGGAGGUGGGAGGUGGAGGUGCCUCCACCACCAGCGAGCACUCGUCGUCGCUGCCGUCGCCGCAACCGCUGACGCACCACCAGCAGCUGCACCACUUCGAGUCCUUCGACGCCGCCUCCGAGCACAACUUGCUCACCCACGCGAACAUGUCGCCGGGAUCGCCGCUCUCGGGUUCGGUGAAUCCCGCCGGGGAUGAUUUCGUGCAGAUGCACCACUACCAUCACGCAACCACCAAUGCACCGCACUCGCAAUCGCAAACGCACCCGCACCACAGCCACGCGCACACGCACACGCCGCACGGCCACGUGCACCACAUGCUGAGCCACCCGAAUGCCGCCGCGUCGCACCACGCCUACGAUCUCAACGAGGAGCAAUUCCGGUUGGGAUCGGCCCUCAAGCGAGUGCGCAAGCGGGCACGCAAGUACACCGACUUCCUGCGCAAGAAGUGAGCGGCCAGAGCGGACAGAGAUUCACUGCCUCCUCAUCCGCCUCCUGCAUCCCCCUUAUAGAUUCGCCCUAUUUCGGCCGCAAGUAUCUGGUGGUCUCGAAGCGCCGAUCGCAGAGCCUGGACGAGGAUUAACCAAGUGGCUAGUGGCGACUGGACGAGCAAUAUCCGAAGUCCGAAUAUCCGGAGCAGCGGCGAUGGACAGCCGAACGGGAACCAUGUUUACAUUUACUUACAAUUUUUACACUGCCAAACAAAUUAAGAGGAUUAAAGUUAAUUUUGUGCUAAGCCAAAACUCUGUUUAAAGCGAGGAUCACACAAGAACACGAUGAAAACACAAAAUGCACCAUGGGGAAUACAGAUUUCAAAGGGGUAACCAAUUAGAGAUGUUAAAGCAAGGUUAUAAGUAGUUCUGAAAAAUACUUCCUUCAAGAUUUAGAGGGUAUUUAUUUGAAAUGAUCCUCAGAUAUUUAAAGAACAUUUUUUUAGGAUUCCUUUAUAGCCAUCUUUUAGCAUCUGUAAUUAAGUUAACCCUGAAGAAACUUAACCCCCUAAUGCACAAAUCACACAUACGAAUCACACCAGCUGCAAACACAAGAGGAAGACGAACAACGACUAUUUUAAAUAAUGAAAAGAAUACUUAAGCUAACAGUGCGUAUACAUAAUAAAUACAAGCGAUAGGAGAGAAGGAGGAUAGGAGGUUAGGAGCGGAGAACAUUUGUAUAUUCAACUUAAACAUUAAGCGAAGGUUUUGAAUUUGCAUAUUUAAAUUGACUAAACCCAUAUACAUAGUUAAGAGCCAAGGCAAAUGGAAAUAAUAAUGCACACCUACUCAAGCCUAGACGAUAGACAACCAAUCUAACAUACCAGUUAAAGCUAGCUAUAAGGAUGCGACGGAUAGGAUCGGAGCAGAGCCACAAGAUUUAGAGUUUCAGCAACGCAACUGCAAACGCAACUGCAACUAAGUAAUAAUAUUAACCAUUAAUUAACAAGAACAAGACAAGACAGCAAGACAAGACGACAAGAAGAGCAACUGUAGUUUGGCACCUAAAGGCAACAAGUUUAAUGUUAAACGGAAAACAAAUAACGAAAAACGAAAAAGAGUUAAGAUUACACAGAAAAGUGAGAGUUUUGUUAGCAUUUAUUUGAUAUGCGCGUUUUUCAGGGACUGCUUGCGAUUUUUGUAUUAAAGCAAUAAGCCGUUUUGCUCAAGGAAUAAAUACGUUUCCGUUUCUCACGACCCCCAAAAAUCCUUUCGAUUAUCCCAGAUUCCAGAUUCGUUCCCAAUGUACUCGUAUUAUCCCCAACAACUGUCUUCCAAUUAUACUUUUUGUAGUCGUAUCUCUCUGUAGCCUCAGUUGCUUUCGAUAACUUGAAUAACUAAAUGUAAACUAAGCACUCGAACUUAAUUUAGUAGCCGUUGAAUCAGACGUACCUUGCGUGAGAACAAAACGAGAAAAUUGUAAAUAACUGCUGUUGAUUAAUUAAUAACCUAAUUUACGAGUAACUAACUGAAUGAACUUCAUUUCGUAGUCGUUAGCCGAGGCGAAUCAUUAUGAAUUAGUGAACCGAAAAUAAUAAAUAUAAAUGCACUGCCAAAAACAAAGGUUUUAAACAAAUGAACUACAAACAAACAAGAACAAAAUCGAAGUGGAGACUCCAAAACAAAAGACAAAAGACAAAGUUCGCAAAACCAAAUCGAAAAUGAAAACUGCUGUAAAUAUAAGAAUGAAUACAUAUAGAGAAAUCAUAGACAUUUUUUAAAGGCACAUUAAUUAACGAGGAGCAUGCAAUUUGCAGAUUUUUUACAUUAUUUUAAUGAACUAAGCAAAACAAUAAUGAGUUCAACGGAAUUACGAAACCGAAGCAAACAAAAUUGAAAAUGCCAAGCGGCCGCGCGAUUUUGUAACAAAAUCAAAAGAAAGAAUGUUAACAUUGCGUAAAGUUAAAUCAAGCAAAUCGUAUAGACAUACAAACAGACAACACGAAAUGUCAACCAAAAAAAAAAACAAAAAACAAAAUAAAAAACAAAACAAAAAACUGGAAAACGGCACCGGAAACGGAAAUAGAAACGGAAACGGAAACGACUACUUGGUUGUGAGUUCGAUCCGAUGGCCGGACUGGUCUUAAGUUGUGUGCACUAUUCGAACUGUAAAUAACAGUAACAGAUCUGAAGCCGUAACAAUUAGCCGUAAUGACACCCCCGAACACGGACCGAGUUAUAGACAUUAUCCAGUAAUAGGAAAUCGACUAUGGAAGUAACUAAAUCCGAGGCAAGCCCUUUUAAAGUUCACGUAGCGAAGAUACAAACUUACCAGUUACCCAGAAAAUCCCUUGGAAUCGAUGAUUUCGAGAUUUCGAGAUUUCGGGCCACGAUAAUCACACACCAAAAACCAAAGCCAGCAGCUGCAAGAAUUAGUGAGAUGCCGUUUGAAAUAUAUAGCUGAAUUAACACAAUUAACAAUGACAUUAUACCCUAGCGACUUUUUUUUACCUGUUUGUACUUUAGUUGGUGGUUCGGAUAUGUUAUAGCAUUUGCAUAGCCACAUAUAGUUGUGUACAUAACUAGUUAAAAUUGUGCAUACAGAACGGUUAUCUUAAGUAUAUAAAUACACGCAAAGGUGAAUAUUAGAGAGAGACCCCAGAAACACUCAAAACCCCCUACAGACUUGACACAUAUUCGAAUCCAGAGACACGGAACACUGACGCGGCCCCAAUGCGAUUGAGGGGCUGGAGAGGACAAUGCGCGGAAAGUAAUGCGAAUUAAUAAUUAUAUUAUUAAUAUACAACAAUAAACUUGAACCUAGGUAUAUGAUUCUGAAUUUAAAUAAUUUUUAGUAAAGCAGAACAAAGAAACCCAAACCGAAAGCAAAAACGGAAACUCUAAACACUUGAAUGAAAUUAAAAGACAACUUAUUAAAAAUACAAAUAAAAAUUGAUGAAUUAAGUAAAGUAAAUUGCUCAAUUUAGCAGAGAGUAUAAAUAAAGAAUUAUACGUU